AUGUCCGAGUCCGCCAAAUCAGAGAAGUACAUGGACCUUACCAGGUUCAGCACCCCGGUGCCUGAACUAGAUGACCAUCGAUAUCACUUGGAUAAUCAGCCUCGCAUCGAAGCGACGCCAGAUGUGGCACUGAGCCGUCAAAAUACAGCCCAGCAGGGUAUAAUGGACGUACCACAGCGCCCUGACCUACUGCAAAUUCAAGAUGUUUACAGGGACUCUGGGCCAUUCUCACGGGACUUUGAGCAAGCAAUACUGGAUGAUGAUCGAUCCGCGAAUGAUUUGAACGCUAUGGGACGCCGCAUUUCCGUUGAUCCCGCUGGAAAUGCGCGCCACGGUCGGACAUAUAGUCGUACGCAUCAAGACGUUGGAAACAGGUCGCGGGAAAGUUCGGUUUCGGCCAGAUCAUCGUCGCCGCCCAAUUCCGUCGACGCCUUUGCAGACCCCCGUCGCCGUGAGCGCGCAAAUACCCUAGAAAGCCAUGGACCCCCUGAUCUCGAGGCCAUUCUCCAGCGCACCGUCUCCGGAGGCACAAGACGACCGACUUUCAGCAAUGCUAGUGUCAUUCGACCACAACCAGGCGACCUAGAUUCCCCAGAAGACACAUGCGUGCCGCCGUUCGAAGAACCUGGAAGGAUUCCGGUCAUCGACUACGAAGAAUUGGAGGAGUUUGUAGCUUUGAAUCAGAAGGCGAAACUGCCAAUCAACCGGCGCAAUCAUAGCGUCAGUUCACAAGACAAAUACUCGCGAAUUUUCCAUGACCUUCGUCCUAGCGCCGAAGUCACUAAUGAGAUUGAUGAGAAGCGCUCCUCAAGGGUUGAUUUUUCAUCUGAGGUUUCGACGCCGCCCAAGUUAAACGAAAAGAUCUUCGACCAAGCGAACGAGAGGGAGCUCUUGGAUAAAUUGAAGAACGAGAAUGAGCCGACUCGGUUUGGCUUCUUCUCCUCUGAAUCACAGAGCACCGUGCACGCAGCGGAAUUAGGAGACCUUGUCCUACCUGGGGACACUUUUCGAGAUCUCUUCCAGCUUGGACCAGAUGGCGGUGUUUGGUGGCUGGACGUUCUGAAUCCAACCGAGGCAGAAGUGAGCGCAAUCUCAAGGGCGUUUUCUAUUCACCCUUUGACAACAGAAGAUAUUCUGACUCAGGAAUCGCGUGAGAAAGUUGAACUUUUCAAGCAGUAUUAUUUUGUCUGUUUCCGGACAUUCUACCAACUUGACAAGACUAGUGAACAGUUUAUGGACCCCGUGAACUUUUACAUGGUUGUCUUCCGCGAUGGUGUUCUGUCUUUCUCAUUUACCGAGAACCCUCACGCCGCAAAUGUCCGGAAAAGAAUUGGAAAGCUUCGCGAUUACGUAUCGCUCAGCAGUGAUUGGAUCUGUUAUGCUAUGAUCGACGACAUUGUGGAUAGUUUUGGCCCUGCGAUUCGGGAAAUCGAGAUUGAAACCGAGGCAAUCGAAGACUUGGUGUUCAUUGCGCGCAUGGACGACUUCGAAUCAUUCUUACCUCGCAUUGGAAAUUUGCGGAAAAAGGUCAUGAGCUUGAUGCGCCUCUUGGGCGGUAAAGCUGAUGUCAUUCGCGGUUUCUCGAAGCGCUGCAACGAGCAAUACUCUGUAACCCCUCGUGGUGACAUUGGGCUUUACUUGGGUGAUAUUCAGGACCACGUUGUGACCAUGAUGUCUAACUUGGCGCAUUUUGAGAAGAUGCUCAGUCGGUCUCAUACCAACUAUCUUGCUCAGUUGAACGUGACAAACCUGGUUCUAGGGAACCACGCCAACAAGGUUUUGAGUAAGGUGACGCUUAUCGCUACAAUACUAGUCCCGAUGAACCUUAUUUGCGGUUUGUUCGGAAUGAAUGUUCAGGUGCCCGGGCAAGAUGUGCCAGGAUAUGGAUGGUUCUUUGGCAUUAUCGGGGUCCUUGCUGCGGUGGUUGUUAUAAGUGGCCUAGCUGCGAGGUUUUAUAAGCUUUGGAGACGUGGCGGUGCAGACUUACGGAGCAUCAGUCUGUGGCAGAGUGUCCAGGCAGAAAAGAUUCCAUGCUCAGAUCAUCGGGCGCGAGGUAAAGGUUGGAUAUGGACCAUGGUGUCACUCUGCUCGGUCAGAGAUGAUACUCCUGCAUAUUCCAGCUUGAUAGUCCAAUUGCGCUUGCCUAGAGCCCCGUGCCGGGCUGGAGCAUUUAAACGUCCUAUGCGACGGAGGUCCGCGCACCGACAACGCCGCCUUGGUGCGACAGUGAGCCUCACUAUCCUCUUCGCACUACUUUUCAUCGCCAUCUGUCCCGCGUUUGUUACUGGCACAGAUCCUGGACACCUUCCUUCAGAAAAUGGGCUUGACCAUUUGCUCGCUAAAGACGAGAAUCGUGUGGACUUUCCUUAUCUUCUUCGCUCGUUCAACGGCCUGUUCAUAGAUCGCGACGAUGUGAGUAGCGCUGGACAUGCGCGGGGCUUGGAUAUUGUGAGUCGGGCGUCUGAUGACAGACGCUCACUUGAGAACAAUAGAUUUGAGACGAGGGAGAUUUUGAUGGGCGAGCUUCAGCAAUGGUCGUUUUCGCCAGGCUCUGCGGCCAGCAACAGCUCUAGCACGCGAAGCGGUAACAGUUCGAAACGCGCGACUACCACCGUCUAUAUCUCUCUCACGAUCUGCUCGGGGCCGAUACUCAACGAGUCGGUCUCAAACAGUUUCCAGAGAUUACCUCAGUUGACUAUUUAUGCCUCGACUUCCGAUUCCCUUCAGGACCCAGGGCCGCAUCGUGGGGCCGAUAGUGGCCAAGUCGUCUUUAACUCAACAGAGGGAUAUAUGAGCGCGGCUAUGACAGUGGAAUCCCAUCUAUACAUUGCUGUAGCCGCGCCAAAAAGUGGAAACUAUUCCGGAUCCUAUUCUUAUCAGAUGGCGGCCUCCACGGAUGCUUUCUUCCACAAUGUCGAUGAUCAGGCUGAUCCGCUUUCUUUUAUUGAUUCGGGUUCGGAGACGGCCCUUCUCACUACAGACAAGCCUGCCGAUCAGAUGCUCAGCGAGGCCCAGCAGACACAAUGGGAAAACAACACCGUGGUCUACAAAUUCUUUGUCAACAACGCGGAUAGCGCCGUUGGAUCUGGCUUAUCGCGAUCCUUUUGCGCCCUCGAGCAGCAUUCAGAAGCCAGCAAGGGGCAUAAUGUACAAGCAGACAUGUCCACGCGCAGCAGCCGUGGAGCCGACAGCCCCCUGGAGCAGUUCUACGUCACGGGCCUCAACCGCAGCGCGACCUAUGUGGGCUCACUAGCACUGGGCAACUCAACUAAUUCUGGGAAUGGGAUAAUUGGUGGAGGAGGGAAGGUUUGGAAAGCGAAGGAGUUUUCCACGAAAUCUGAUGGCAAUUGCGACGUGAUCUACGACCUCAAUUUCUGCUCAGAUGUAGCCUACUCAGUCCCUUCCAAUCCAUCAUUAAACAUGUCCGACAUCCGCACCAAGUACGACAACUACGCGGCCAACCUCUACAAAAACUUCAACUACUCCCUUCAACAGAUUCAAUGCAACACUUCCAACGAAACCAUCUUCUCCAUGGCCGUGGGGUGCCAUGACUGCGCAGCCGCCUACAAAUCCUGGCUCUGCGCCGUCACCAUCCCUCGGUGUGAUGACUACUCCAGCACGUCCAACAAGACCGCCGUCAUGGUUCGCAACGCCGCCCAACCCUUUCCAAAUGGCACCGAAAUCGCCAAUCAGACGCUCCGCGAUAGCCCCGUCACCAAAGGCCCUAGAAACAGCGGGCUAAUCGACAAAGAAAUCAACCCUGGCCCAUACAAGGAAGUUCUUCCCCACGUCAGUGUCUGCCAUGAACUGGUGCGGAGCUGUCCUAUGUCCCUUGGGUUCUCGUGUCCAAGCGGGAAAUACUUGGCUUAUGCGUACGAUACCAGCGCGGCGCCAGGCCUGCGGGUACCUUGUCCUUCAUGGACCGCUGUGAUGGCGUGUUAUAUGAUCGCGACUGUAUUAUGGCCUUCCUAG